AUGUCAGAGCGACAGUUGCGAGCUGAUGCAAAGAAAACCAAGAUGGACUUUGAAGAGCAACAACGUCAACAACGAUCUAUGGCAAAACGGCAGUUGGAGGAAACUUCACCAACGGGGCAAGAGCAAGCUUCAGCAAGCACAGCAUCAAGACCAAGGAUGGAGACAAAGCCUGAAGAUGUGCCCAUUUUGGAGGAGGACAUCACCCUUGAAGAUGAAGAGAUGGACUCACGUCAUCAAGUUCAACCUGGUCUUGAAGCUGAACGUUUGCUGAGUGACCCUGACCAUUUUCCAAUGCCGCCACCUGAUCCUGCACCACUGUACCGACAUCCACUGUUUCUCCAAGCUCGACGUCAACAUGAGCUGAGUGAGAGGCCCUUCCAUGUGCAAAGAAAGGAGUUUCUUCAACGGGGCACUACGGAGACUGUGGAUGCGGACAUGCUCGUGGAGGAUGCCGUCAAUGACAUCUUCCUGGCCCAAGUAGAGCACUACGCCUAUGCAGUGACUUUGCCGACACCAACUUCAGAAGCAGAAUGGCGAUCCAUUGUCAAGGACCCUUCGCGCUUUGUGGCCAAGAAGCUGGCGAAAGGAGUUGAGGUGUCAUGGCAGCGUCUCAACAAUGAACAACGCGCUGCUAUGAAAGAGGCCAAGGGCAUCGAGAUCAAGGAAUGGCUAGCAGCUCGGGUUUGCAAAGCUGCUGUGGGCGAAGUACCGCCUGACCGCCUCAUGCGGAUGAGAUGGGUUUUGGUUUUGAAGGGCACUGACGACCCGAAAGUUGUCAAAGCAAAAGCACGAUUGGUGAUCGUUGGAUUCACUGAUCCAGACCUUGGAGCUGAAGAUGUUCGAAGUCCGACGCUCUCCAGACGAGGACGUGCUGUUCAGUUCCUCAAGGCCGCUUAUGGACUUACAGUGGCACCCAAGGAAUUCUAUCAGCACGUGGAUGGCAUUCUGCAAGGCUUCAAGCUGUCACGCCUGAAGGUUGACCCCGCCAUUUGGGUUCUCAAGGAGAAGGACGCCAUCACUGGCAAAACCGUUGUCUAUGGUGCGAUUGGUGCCCAUGUGGACGACUUUUUGAUGAUUGGCGAUGAGAAGAGCCAGCAAUGGUGCAACUUUUUGGAGAAGUUCCAUGGCGCGCUCAAGUGGUCACCAUGGGAAUGCGCACCUAUGAACCAUUGUGGAAUAUGGAUGGAACAAGAUGCCCAAAACACCUGGCAUCUGAGCCAAUCUGAGUUCUGCGAAGGACUCAAUCAAGUCACUGAAGAUGGGCAGGGGAAAGACUUGACUGCCAACGAGAUGCAUCAAUGCAGAGCAAUUUUGGGCGCUGCACAAUGGAGAAGCUACCAGACGGGACCUCAGCAUGCUGCCAAGCUGAGCCAUCUCCAAAGCCUUCUCCCACGUGGAGAUCGCACUACGCUCAAGGACAUCAACAAAUUUGUGCGUGAGAUCUACCACCAGAAGGAUGAGAAGGUUUCUGUGUUUGACCUCAAGGCCGAGAAGGACGAUGACAUCAUCGCCGUGGGCUGGAGCGACGCUGCCUUGGCGAACAGGGUGGACCUCUCAUCGACGGGAGGAUUUGUGAUUGGUUUUGCACACCGCAAGAUGCUGGAUGGUGUGCAGGGCCCUGUCAGCCUGGUGAGCUGGAGUACUCACAAGCUCCGCCGUGUCUGCAGGUCAAGCCUGGCCGCAGAAGCCCAAGCUUUGGCCGAAUGCGAGGCCGAACUUUUUCUUGUCCGAGCUCUUUGGCAAGAACUGCAAGGUGCUGAGCUGGACUUGGAAAACCCGUGGAAUACCACCAAGAAAACUCCUGGUGUGCUGGUGGUUGACGCAAAGGCGCUCUACGACACGCUGCGACAACAGGACAUGCCGAACCUGUCGUCAAAAGAGAAGCACACUGCGCUGGAAGUCAUGGGUUUAUCCCAGCACUUGGUGGAGCAGGAGACGGUCUUGCGAUGGUGCAACUCCGACCAGCAGCUGUCUGAUGGGAUGACAAAGAUCUCUGCGGCUGAGAAGAUUUCCAAAUUUGUCCGAAGUGGACAGAGAUGGAAUUUACUUUUCGAUGAAAGCUUUACAGCUGCAAAGAAAGUGAAAUCCACCAAGACGGUGGAUCAGCCCGAAGUAGAUGUGAAGGAUCCGACAUGGUUGGAUUUGAUUGGAACUUCGGGGCAUGUGGAACGCGAAAAAAUGAGUCGCGCUUUACGAGCGAAGAAGGAGCGUGAACAACUGCGGGCUUUGCGCGGUGGCAAGGGACACACCUUUCUGUACUCAUUGACCAGUGCCCAUUCACAUCGUCUGGAAGCUGUGGUCUUCCGAAACUUUAUCGGCCUUUUCAUCCUCAGCAACGUAGUUUGUUUCAUCAUUGAGACUGACAAGUCCACCGAGCAGAGAUACAGACCUUUCUUUGACAAUCUUGAAGCAGUGUCCUCUUGUCUAUUUCUGGUGGAGUAUCUUAUGCGGCUGCUGACAGUUCAUGAAAACAAGCGCUACAUGGAACUGUCUCGCUGUCAAGCACGCUGGAAGAUGCUAUGUUCUUUUCCAUCCUUGAUCGACCUGGUUUCUUUUCUGCCAUGGUUUAUAGAAAGAUUGCUGCCGUACAAGCUGCCAAACCUCCAGUUUGUGCGAGUCAUUCGCCUAUUCCGCUUGUUCAAGUCCAACUCAGUGAUGGGUUCUGUUGACGUCAUUGCACGUGUCUUGUUCUUCAACAGAGAAAUUCUGUGUGUUGCAUUCAUGAUCGACCUGAUCUUGAUAUUGCUCAUGUCCACCGUCCUCUACUACAUGGCGCCUCCACCAGACACCCCUGGACUUGAAGAUGAUUUUGAAUCCAUUCCUGCAACCAUGUACUUGUCAGUGAUGAUGCUCACUGGACAAGGUCAACCUAAUGGACAGUUGCCAUGGUACACCAAAGUGAUCGUGGUUGUCACCGCAGUACUGGCGACUGCGCAAUUUGCCAUUCCUGCCUCCAUGUUGACUUGGGGCUUUGAGCAGGAAGCUGAGAGACGUCUACAUAAGAAUCAUCAGGUGCAAAUCAAACAGAAGGAGCGCAUCUUGAAAGGGGACACGCAGUGGGAUGUCGAGGACAUCAGUAGUAGUUCCACAAGUGAAAGUGAUGUGGGUCAUGAAUGGGCUGAGUACGAGGCAGUUGUUGUCGGCAGCGACAGUGAUACUGAAGAAGAUAACAUCGAGUCCGCAGCUCAUUUGACCUCCCUAACAGCUUCUGAAGCUGCACGGAUUGCCAAAGUUUUCUCUAUCUUGGAUGCUGACGACAGUGGAAUGCUUCAGACUAGUGAGAUUUGCAGAAUAGCAUCCGGCCACUCAGCUCAGAGUGGGCAGAUUGAUUGUCAGAAUUUGGUGGAAGUCCUUGAUGAUGACAAUGAUGGGAAGACAACAUCUGAAGAGUUCUUGCAGUGGCUGACUGGAAUCAAGGCCAAAAAUGUGCACGUCUUUCACAUGAUUAUGAAAGAUUUGGAGAACCUGAAAAUGACCAAAGGAGCUGAAUCAACUUUGACCUCAGGGAACCUGAUGAAAUUCGCGCAGCGCUUCCAGGAAUUGAAUGAUGAGGUCAGAAGGCUGAAAGAUGAGCUCGCAUCGAAAGAGGCAGAGAUUUCCCUCCUGAAAAGAGAUCGCCCAGCCGCAUGAGCCGCAUGAGCCGCAUGAAACUUUUCAUCGCCAUCGUGCUCGCACGAUCAAUAUCCGGCAAUCUUAGGUAAACGCUUUGCAUUGAAGGG